CUGUAGAUGAGAAUGCUGCUCCUCUUUAAUUUUGUCUAUCGUGUGAAGCGAUAAUGGCAGCGUCCACCUCCCUGUUUAUCGCCGGCGCUGGGAAUCAUUACUCUGGUGAGUUCCAGCUACUGGGUUGCUUUGAACCUCGACUCUCUCGAAGACACAGAAUUCAAUCUGGGUGGUUAUGGCUUAAUGAGCAUCAGUUACCGCAGUACAAUUGGUUGUGCCGAAUACCGAGAGCCAUAAAAUUGAAAUUAAAGCCCAGUUUCGCUCUUCGCAAAGACUCUGACGAUAACCUUCUCUCGAAUGUAGAAGACACUGAUGAAAUGUUUGAUGACUUGUUUAAUAAAUAUGGGAAGGUGGUAUUUAGGAGAAACGACCAAAAGCCUCCUAGUGCAGAGGUUGAUGAUGAUGCUGAAAGUUUGUCAUUUGCUGUGGCAAUGGCCAAGGUUGCAAGUGAGGUUAAAGCUGCAGAUAUAAGGGUCCUUUUUGUAAAGCCUCUCGUGUAUUGGACUCGGUUUUUCAUCAUUGCAACAGCAUUUUCACGCCCUCAGAUUGAUGCUAUUGCGUCAAAAAUGAGGGAUUUUGCUGAGAAGAAGUAUGGAAAAGUUCCAACAGGGGACACAAAACCUAACUCAUGGACGCUGUUGGAUUUUGGUGAUGUAGUGAUACACGUAUUUCUUCCUCAACAGAGAGCUUUCUACAACUUGGAAGAAUUCUAUGGCAAUGCAACACCCAUUGAACUCCCUUUUGAGAACCAACCUCCAUUUCACAGUUAAAAACGACUUUUCUUGAGGACCUAAAAAGCCUUAAUUGAUAGCCACAUGUCACGGUGGCUGGAUGGUUGCGAUUCAAUUUCAAUUCAGCCGCUUGAUACCCGUUCAGAGGCCUGGCAAUGUCGACUGGGACCUCUGACAGUUUUCUUUCUGGAGAUGAGCAUUCAUUAUUCUGUGAAGCAGGAGCAGCACUAGCAUUAGUAUUUACUAAUAUGUAUCUUGGCUUCUGUUGUUGCAUAGUUUACUCCAAACAGUUGGCGGAUCAUAUAUGCGUAUCAGCCAAACACCAUUGUAAUAUGAAAGCUUGAACAUGUUGGUUUGGGUGAA